AUGCCUCGUCCUGCGCCAAAACGAAGCCGUACGGCUGGAAAGCCCACCCAGAGAUCUAGGGAGACGAUCGAGUCUGCGCAUGAUGCUAAAUCUCCAGGCCCGGAGCGUGGCGCGGAUCCAAGGACUUUGCGCGAACAGACACCCUUGGCAAAGAGCUAUGAAAACGCAAUUGAUUCUUCGCCAGGGGACCGCCCGGGUACUGGAAGUCGGCCGGGAACUGGCAGUCGACCCCCCACGAGAUCUCGCGGUUACUCGUCUACGCUCUCUUUUGCUGGGCGCAAAGGCGACAACUCCCGAAUUCCUGGCACGCCUGGCUUUGAUAACUCGGUUCUGAGCAACUUCAGACGGCGCCCACGACAGCAGAGUAUUCUCCAUCAUCUCCAGGCGGACGAGAGCUCUUCUGAACUGGAUGAUGAUGACUUCCUGGGUGGAUUAAGUCCAAAUGAUGAAUCGACCCCCCUGAACCUCUCCCGGGGCAAAUCCCUUCUGGGACAACCAAGCGAGAAGUCACCUUCGCCAGGAUCACCACUCUCAUCCGGCGGGUCACGUAAACGUCGAUGCAUGACCCAGGAUAUUCAAGUGCCACAGUCGUCCGUGGAAAUGGUGGAAGACACGCCAACGGCGACACCGGUUCAGAUGGUCAAAGACACUCCAUCUGGGACGUCGCUGGAGUCUGGGGAGCCUUUGCAGCACGGAGAACCUGAGAUGGUGGUAGAGUCCCAGGAUCCUGGGACUGAUGUCGAAGAACCUCGGAGUGAGGAAGAAAGGGAAUCUGUGGUUGAAGAUCCAGAAGAAGAGGUCCAAGAUGAACAAGUUGAAUCUACGCCGCAAGCUCAACGAUUCCCAGAGAUAUUAAGUCAGACUAUGCUACCUCCGGCUAGUAGUCCAGCCUGCUCAACUCAACUCGAUCAAUCUACGCCACAGUCCGUUAAGAAACAACAAUCCAGAGGCCGGGCUUACUUAUCAACCGCAAAUUUACAAGACAAACUUCUGCCACGACGCCGCCGCCGACACCGCGCCGAGAAUGGUCUCAGCGACAGUGACGAUCAGCAUGAGGCCGCAUCUGGUGAUGAAGAUGAAUUGAACUAUCCCUCACAAUCUCGGAAGCCAGUCAGACGACGAGCAGGAACAGGCAAACCCAAGCCACUGGCCACUGCCCACAAUCCCAAGCAAAGGAAGACCGAAAAGAAACGCAAAGCAGAGAGGGAACCUGCGACCUAUUCACGUUCGCGGGCCACUGCCAACAAGGAGAACGAGAUUGCUCUAUCUUCCCCAUCCUCGUCUCCAUUGUCCUCCCCACCUGAUACCGACGUAUCUGAUUCUGAAAUUCAAACCAACCCCACCCGCUGCACGAGUGAUGAGUUGCGGGCAGCAUUGAAGAAGUUCGCGGAGGUGGAUCAAUGGAAGAUGGAGUUCGAAGAUAUAUCAGCAUCGGAGCUUUGA